GGACCUGUGGGCCCAUCGGGCAGGGAGUGGGAGGUGCCGGCCCCCGAAGUCUCAAUCAGGGCCGCGUGGAUGAGCCGUGGGGAGCAGGAGCAGGCGGCUGGGCCUCACGGGGUCUUCACCUGCAGCAUCAGAACGGGAUGUACGGGCUGCACCAGGACGUGCACCACUUCAACUCCUUCGACAAGGUGCGGAGCCUGCCGCUGCUGCUCCACCAAGCCGGUGUCCGCACAGGCAUCAUCGGGAAGAAGCACGUGGGGCCAGACGCCGUGUACCCGUUUGACUUUGCGUACACAGAGGAGAAUGGCUCUGUCCUCCAGGUGGGGCGGAACAUCACUAGAAUUAAGCUGCUAGUCCGGAAGUUCCUGCAGACUCAGGACGACAGGCCCUUCUUCCUCUAUGUGGCCUUCCACGACCCCCACCGCUGUGGGCACUCCCAGCCCCAGUACGGAGCCUUCUGUGAGAAGUUUGGCAACGGGGAGACCGGCAUGGGGCACAUCCCAGACUGGAUCCCCCAGACCUAUGACCCGCAGGACGUGCAGGUGCCAUACUUCGUUCCUGACACCCCAGCAGCCCGAGCUGACCUGGCCGCCCAGUACACCACCAUCGGCCGGAUGGACCAAGGGGUUGGACUUGUGCUCCAGGAGCUGCGUGGAGCCGGUGUCCUCAACGACACUCUGGUGAUCUUCACGUCUGACAACGGGAUCCCCUUCCCCAGUGGCAGGACCAACCUGUACUGGCCGGGGACCGCUGAACCCUUGCUGGUGUCAUCCCCAGAGCACCCGAAACGCUGGGGCCAGGUCAGCGAGGCCUUCGUGAGCCUCCUAGACCUUGCGCCCACCGUCUUGGAUUGGUUCUCCAUCCCCUACCCCAGCUACGCCAUCUUUGGCUCCAAGACCAUCCGGCUCACGGGCCAGUCCCUCCUGCCGGCGCUGGAGGCGGAGCCUCUUUGGACCACUGUCUUUGGCAGCCAGAGCCACCACGAGGUCACCAUGUCCUACCCCAUGCGCUCCGUGCAGCACCAGAACUUCCGCCUCGUGCACAACCUUAACUUCAAGAUGCCCUUUCCCAUCGACCAGGACUUCUACGUCUCGCCGACCUUCCAGGACCUCCUGAACCGCACUGUGGCCGGCCAGCCCACAGGCUGGUACAAGGACCUCCAUCAUUACUACUACCGGGAACGCUGGGAGCUCUAUGAUGACAGCAGGGACCCCCACGAGACCCAGAACCUGGCUGCUGACCCACGCUAUGCCCAGGUCCUGGAAAUGCUCAAGGCCCAACUGGCCAAGUGGCAGUGGGAGACCCAUGACCCCUGGGUGUGUGCCCCCGAUGGCGUCCUGGAAGAAAAGCUCUCUCCCCAGUGCCGGCCACUUCACAAUGAGCUGUGACAGGCGUGUGCCCUCUCCUGCGUAGACGUGGCCCUGUGGCCAGACUUCUCAGCUGAUGAUAGAGGGAGGGGCCAGCGUGGGUGGCAGUGACCACAGCCCUCUCCUCCGCGCGCCCAUGGUGCUGGGUGUCGCUCCUUCCUCUGCCUGCAGGGGAGGCAGAGUGUGUGAACUGGCCCCAUCCUUCCCCACCAAGGGUGCUGCCACCAUAGUAGGGGACACUGCCGUACUUGUGUCUGAGCCAUGUCCCUGCACAGGAAUUCCAGGGGGGACCCUGGCACAGGGCAGAAUCCCAAGCCCAUGACAAGGGAGUCUUGUUUUCUGGGUUGGUUCAGGGACCUGUGGAUAGAGGGACAGGCACUCGGGGCUUGAGACCCGUGCAGUCUUUGGAACCCACAGAUAUUCCUGAGCCCAACAGGAGGUGGGGGCUCCUGGGUGCCAGGUGUGUGGUGGGCAGGUCCAAGCCACACUCGGUGUGGGGACACAUCUGGCUUUUAUCACCCUCUGGUGCAGAGGAAGCUUUUGAACAGCCCCGGGCUUGCUUCUGCUUCCUUCCUUUUGCCCCACGGUCAAGUGGCUGGACCCUACUGGGUUUCUACUGACUUGUGGCAGGCUCCCUGAGUGACCUGCUGUCUUCCUGGGGAAAGCUCGUCCUCUUUGAGAGUGUGCAGAGAUGAAGGUACGGAAACGCCGCGUCCUCUGGCUGGCACCGACGCUGCUGAUAGAACGCUCCGUUCCUGCCUUCCUCCACCCGCCACGGGAGAGAAGCUUGCCUGGAAAAGCCUGGAAGGAGAGGGCUCUCUUCCUUGAGUGGUGGGCUCCGGUUGCCCUUCCCUCCCUCAUGACCCCCUACGAGGGGGGUGGGGGAGCCGCAGGACAGACCAUCAUAAAAGCUUUUUAUUUUAGUAAAAUAUA